AUGGGACGAGGGCUGAUGGUGCCACUGGGGAAGAUGGGGCCACUGGGGAAGUUGGGGCCACUGGGGAAGAUGGGACUACUGGGGAAGAUGGGAAUACUGGGGCUAAUGGGACCACUGGAGAAGAUGGGGUGUUACGGGGCCACUGGGGAAGAUGGGGCCACUGGGGAAGAUGGGACCACUGGGGAAGAUGGGGCCACUGGGGAAGAUGGGAAUACUGGGGCUGAUGGGACCACUGGAGAAGAUGGGGCCACUGAGGCUGAUGGGACCACUGGAGGAGAUGGGGCCACUGGGGCUGAUGGGACCACUGGAGAAGAUGGGACCACUGGGGAAGAUGGGACCACUGGGGAAGAUGGGACCACUGGGGAAGAUGGGACCACUGGGGAAGAUGGGACUACUGGGGAAGAUGGGAAUACUGGGGCUGAUGGGACCACUGGAGAAGAUGGGGCCACUGGGGAAGAUGGGGCCACUGGGGAAGAUGGGGCCACUGGGGAAGAUGGGACCACUGGGGAAGAUGGGGCCACUGGGGAAGAUGGGAAUACUGGGGCUGAUGGGACCACUGGGGAAGAUGGGGCCACUGGGGAAGAUGGGGCCACUGGGGAAGAUGGGGCCACAGGGGUUAAUCAGCAAUACAACCAGAAAAUGAAGGCCAUUGGAUGA